AUGAAGCACUACCUGAACCCUGACGUCCACGUACGCCUGAGAGUGGAUGGUGAGGACCUUGCCGAGUACGACAUUGACGAUCUGGACGACGAUGUCAACACCGUGACAAAGUAUGUGGAGGCUACGGCAGGCGCGAACUUCGUCGUCUAUUUCUCAGCAACACCCCAGUGCGCAAAAGACCCCUGCGAUGUAGUCCGUAUGACCGUCUACCUCGACGGUAAGCGUAUAACCGGCAUGAUCUACACGAUCAAUGGUCCAUCCGCACUUGGCAUGGGACUUUACGACCACGCUUUGGAGGGCGUUGAAAGCAAUACAGCAACCGGGAAGGUCUUGGAGAGAUUUGCUUUUGCGCAAUUGCUGACAACUGAUGCCCCGGUCAAGGCCGCGAAGCAGAAGCCAGAGGAACUGAAGCAUCUCGGCGAGAUAUCUGUGAAGUGUACAUGGGCACGCAAAGCCAGUGUACCACCUGACAAGUACGUCGACGACCUUCAAAGUCGCAAGAUCAAGUUUAGCCACGGCGUGCCAGAGAAGUGCCUCAAGGGUCGGGCGAUCUCGAACCACGCUACUCUGCAAGCGCCAGAGCCUCGCGCGGGACGAGUACAGUACCUCAACAUCUCAUACCCAUAUGGAGAAGCGCCGUUUGCCGUAUUCAACUUCAAGUACCGCUCGCGCAAAGAUCUUCAGAUUGAGGGUGUGAUCCCACGCAGUCCUUCUCCGGUUCCGCUCGAAGAUCGCGACCCUGACGAACUCAAUCCGGAAGAGAUGCGACAGCUUUUGCGUAGGAUGCGAGAACGUGAAGCAUCUGCUGUGCGUGUAAAGCAGGAGGGCGAAAAGAGCCAGAAACGUGCGAGAUCCACCACUGUCACGGAUGGCGGCAAUGAUGACAGCGAUGACAUUGAGAUCACUGACGGACCGUCCAAGCGCCGUCAAACCUCAAACGACUCUAGUAUUGAGGUGGUCGACUUGACUGAUGAUUGA